UGCCAGGGCGCAGAGUAGCGCCGGGCCGGGCUGGGCGAGCGCACGGCCAUGGCCCCGUGGUUGCAGCUCUGCUCUGUCUUCUUCACCGUCAACGCCUGCCUCAACGGCUCGCAAUUGGCCGUGGCCGCAGGUGGCUCCAGCAGAGCUCGGGGCGGCGACACCUGCGGCUGGAGGGGAGUGGGGCCGGCCAGCAGAAACAGUGGGCUGCACAACAUCACCUUCAGAUAUGACAACUGCACCACUUACUUGAGUCCCAUGGGGAAGCAUGUGAUCGCCGACGCCCAGAAUAUCACCAUCAGUCAGUACGCCUGCCACGACCAAGUGGCAGUCACCAUUCUCUGGUCCCCAGGGGCCCUCGGCAUCGAAUUCCUAAAAGGAUUUCGGGUAAUACUGGAGGAGCUGAAGUCAGAAGGAAGACAGUGCCAACAACUGAUUCUGAAGGACCCGAAGCAGCUCAACAGUAGCUUCAAAAGAGCUGGAAUGGAAUCUCAGCCUUUCCUGAAUAUGAAAUUUGAAACAGAUUACUUUGUCAAGAUUGUCCCUUUUCCUUCCAUUAAAAACGAAAGCAAUUAUCACCCUUUCUUCUUUAGAACCCGCACCUGUGACCUGCUAUUACAGCCGGACAACCUGGCCUGUAAACCCUUCUGGAAGCCUCGGAACCUCAACAUCACCCAGCAUGGCUCAGACAUGCAGGUGUCCUUCGACCACGCGCCACAUACCUUCGGCUUCCGUUUCUUUUAUCUUCACUACAAGCUCAAGCACGAAGGACUCUUCAAACGAAAGACCUGUAAACAGGAGCAAAAUACAGAGACAACCAGCUGCCUCCUUCAAAAUGUAUCUCCUGGGGAUUAUAUAAUUGAGCUGGUGGAUGACACUAAUACAACAAGAAAAGUGAUGCAUUAUGCCUUAAAACCAGUGCAUUCCCCAUGGGCUGGGCCCAUUAGAGCUAUUGCCAUCACCGUGCCGCUGGUCGUCAUAUCGGCAUUUGCAACACUCUUCACAGUGAUGUGCCGCAAGAAGCAACAAGAAAACAUAUAUUCACAUUUAGAUGAAGAGAGUUCUGAGUCGUCCACAUACACCACAGCACUCCCCAGGGAGAGGCUUCGGCCUCGGCCCAAGGUCUUCCUCUGCUAUUCCAGUAAAGAUGGCCAGAAUCACAUGAACGUGGUCCAGUGUUUUGCCUACUUUCUUCAGGACUUCUGUGGCUGUGAGGUGGCUCUGGACCUGUGGGAAGACUUCAGCCUCUGUAGAGAAGGUCAGAGAGAGUGGGUCAUCCAGAAGAUCCACGAGUCCCAGUUCAUCAUCGUGGUGUGUUCCAAAGGUAUGAAAUACUUCGUGGAUAAGAAAAACUACAAGCACAAAGGCUGCGGCCGAAGCUCGGGGAAAGGGGAGCUCUUCCUGGUGGCGGUGUCUGCCAUCGCUGAGAAGCUCCGCCAGGCCAAGCAGAGCUCCUCCGGGGCGCUUAGCAAAUUCAUUGCUGUCUAUUUCGAUUAUUCCUGCGAGGGAGACGUUCCCGGUGUCUUGGACCUGAGUACCAAGUACAAACUCAUGGACAACCUUCCGCAGCUCUGCUCCCACCUGCACUCUCAGGGCCGCAGACCCCAGGAGCCGGGGCCGCUUCCGGGCCGCGUCAGCAGGAGGAACUACUUCCGGAGCAAAUCGGGCCGCUCCCUGUACGUCGCCAUUUGCAACAUGCACCAGUUUAUAGACGAGGAGCCCGACUGGUUUGAGAAGCAGUUCGUCCCCUUCCAUCCUACCCCACUCCGCCACCAGGAGCCAGUCCUGGAGAAGUUUGACUCGGGCUUGGUUUUGAACGACGUCACAGGCAAGCCAGGGCCCGAGAGCGACUUCGGGCUCAAGGCUGAGGCCACAGGCCCCGGGGCGCUGGCUGACGCGCACUUGGAGGGCCUGCAGUUCGGCCCCGAAGAAGAGGGGGAGGCCGGGCCCGUUGCGGGUGCAGGCUCGGUGCUGCGGCCCUUGCUGCACACCGUGAAAGCCGCCAGCCCCUCCGACAUGCCGCGGGACUCGGGCAUCUACGACUCGUCCGUGCCCUCAUCCGAGUUGUCCCUGCCCCUGAUGGAAGGGCUCUCCACGGACCAGACGGAGACGUCCUCGCUGACGGAGAGCGUGUCGUCCUCCUCAGGCCUGGGUGAAGAGGACCCUCCUGCUCUUUCUUCCAAGCUUCUUGCCCCUGUGACGUGCAAAGCAGAACCUGGUUGCUGCAGCUACACUGGUGAACUCCACACAGUUGCCCCUUUGUAACGAAACAGAAGAGUUUAAGCAUUGCCACUUUAGCUGCCGCCUCUCUCUGGUUUCUGGGCUCAUCUCUGGGUAUGUGGCCCACUUGGAGCCAAGGUCUCUUACAAGGAUAGAAGAGUGAAAUCCUGGCCAGUACUUGCUCUCCUUGCCUCUACUCUCUACCAAAUAUAUUGGCAGAGUCUCCAGUUUUCUGAAACCAUAUGGAGCUCUGAAAGUCAUGUCCAUAAUGCCUGACAGCUUGCCAUGUUAGGUCAGACUUUGGAUUAGAGCCAAUCUGGGAGGUAGGGAGGAGACACGUAAAGAGAAACAGGAAAAUACCAGCACUGAUUGGACUUAAUUCAUCUGUGCAAACUUUGCCUCUUUGCUGUUGGCUACUUUGAUUUGAAAUGCCUUGUGGGAAAAGCACUUUUGAUGCCACUAUAGCCACAGAAAUCAAGUGCGUUUCUCUCUGGAAUCCUUGUUACAGAUGAUAUUCCUUUCCAUUUUUGGUGUGGAAUUUACAAUGCCAUUUACACUACCACGGUUGUUAAAAAAGCUCUUAUUCAGAGGUCAAGAAGGUGACUGAGGAGUUCCCGUCAUGGCUCAGUGGUUAACAAAUCCUGCUAGGAACCAUGAGGUUGCGGAUUCGAUCCCUGGCCUUGCUCAGUGGGUUAAGGAUCUGGUGAUGCCAUGAGCUGUAGUGUAGGUCGCAGACGCAGCUCGUAUCUGGCGUUGCUGUGGCUGUGGUAUAGGCUGGCAGCUACAGCUCUAAUUUGACCCCUCACCUGGGAACCUCCAUAUGCCGCAGGUGCUGCCGUAGGAAGGCCAAAAAGACCAAAAAAAAAAAAAAGGUGACUGAAUAUACAAUCACUUUUCAUAAAGUGAGUUUAUGUAUUAGUGGGUGGCAUUGCUGGCAGAGGUGGGGGCUACCAGGCCAGGCUGAUCUUCUAGACAAUUCUUUCAGAAAUGGUUUAGUCAGUGUGCAGAAGGCACCAGAGCUCAGCAUCCAGGACAACCUCCUGAUCUGAAUAGGUGUCCUGCAGGGGCCAGAUCUGCUGGCCAAGUUUCCCUGGGUUAUAUUUACCGUGCUGAAUCUCAGAUGUUGGUGCUUGGAUGUUUAUUUUAAAGAGACUGAUACCCCCCUGGGCUGUAUUACUAGAAGUUGUAAUUUGUGCUUUGGUUGGCCUCUGGUCUAAAGGUGUGUCCAGUAUAUUAGGGAUCAGAAUCCACUGAAAUGUGGCAGUAUUUGGAGGUGGUAGCCAGUCACUCUGCUGAACUGGUUUUGACUAAUGACAAACCUCUUUUUAAAAAGGUGAAAAGGAGGGGCUUGGUACAAAGGGGAUGUGCUCUUUGAGUAUCAUGUAAGGAAGACAUGAGACCUGAAAUCAUUAAAUUCUUGAAUCUUAAAGUACUCUCUCCAAACCCAGCCUAUGAAUCAGGUUUCACUUUGUUUUUAUUGUACUUACCCAAUUAAAUGUGUGUCUCUUGUGCUCCAUUCUACCAAAAAUAGGUAUUCAGAGUUUAAGAGAAAUUUGCUUUAAAAAGAAUAUGUUCUGUUUUUAUGAAUGAUUUCCCUGUAGAAUUUGUAUUUCCAACGGGAAUAUAUUUGUUCCCUUCUCCCCAUGACCUUGAAGGAGAGUGAGCGUCAUUUUCUACCUUUUUCAAGAGAUGCUGUUGGAUUUUGGUACCUUUUUUUCUCAGCAUCUAUGAACCAUGGUUUUCAUUCGUUCAGUGAGUGGGACCAGCAUUAAGGAGGGACAUUGAGAAGCUUCCUGAAGCAGGGUGGAAAGUGGGGUAGAACAGGACUUUUUCCUUUCAAGCUCCUGUGCAGCAGGUGAAGAAGGGAAGGUUUGCACCCCUGCUGGAAAGAAGAGGUUUUUUGUGUAUCUUUGAUGCAAAUGCCACACUCCCUGCUAUGUAAAGGCAGCUGGCAGCUUCUUGGGAGAAGAACAUGCUCGUCUGUUCCCUGGCAUCAAGUUUCCUGCAGCUGCUUUGAGAAAAGACAAGUGGGCUGCAGAACUGUCUCCCCCAUAAAACCAGGCAUCUUAUUGGAGAAGGGAUGUUCCAUGUUGUCACCAUGGAAUCUGAGAUGAGCACAGAGCUCCUGCUUUCCAUUGUCUGUCCUGUGACUGUCCUGUCUUUCCAUCGUCUGCCUACAUUCUGUGAAGGAGAUUCGUCGGUCUUAUUAACAUGUGAAAAUUCACUUUGGAACAUUUUCAGACUGAUUUCUUACUGACACAGAGAAAUAGUGCAUGCCCCAAAGGAACUGUUAGGAGCUGCUUUAGGAUAGAUACUCAGCUUCGUAUGCAAAAGUAUGCGUCUCUGAGAAAGUGGCCCGAGGGAUGGUGUGGAGGACUGGAGAGGAAGCAUCCACUGGGGUCCAUGAGCAUGGGCAGAGAGUUUGCUAAAUAAACUCACUUAUGAAAGUUGAAGGGGGAAAUUGUGAUAGUCCAAAAAUCAGGUGAUGCUUUAGUUUGGAUUUAGGGUUUGGGUUCUUACUUUGAAGUACUAAUGAUUGUGAUGUUCAACAAAAUCAAACUAUUGUACCAAGUAAUGUAAUGAUAGUGUGAAUACCCAACUCUGAAUAGUUUUGAGAAGUCCAGCUUCCUGGUUUUGCCUUAUUAGCUUGACUUUUUUAAAAACCCUCCCCAUCUCAUUCUGGAAAUGGGAAUAAGUUGCUUUACAAAUUAAGGCAAAACAUUUGUGUUAAGCAGAUCUGCAUUUUUUGACUCGCAAAUUGUCCUGAACAAUGGAAAUGUUAAGACAGAAUUCAGAUAAAGCUUCUUUCAGAUCACAGGCAUUUAGCCUUUAGGGAAACAAGAAUUAGAAUAUAGGGGGGUUCCUGUCAUAGCUCAGGGGUUAAUGAACCCAACUAGUAUCUACAAGGACGCGGGUUCGAUCCCUGGCCUUGCUCAGUGGGUUAAGGAUCCGGCGUUGCCCUGAGCCAUGGUGUAGGUCACAGACACAGCUUGGCUCUCAUGUGUCUGUGGCUGAGUUGUAGGGCCAGCAGCUGCAUCUCCAAUUCGACCCCUAACCUAAGGCCCUAAAAAGACAGAAAAAAAAGAAUUAGAAUAUAGGGAUGAUCUCAACGAAAGGCCAUCCUGAGAGUAAAAGGCUCUGUAGCUAAGUUAGAUGGUGUCCUCUGGCCAGGAGACCAGAGGGAGGUCCAGGGUUCCAGCUCACCAAAAAGGCUGCAGGUAGUUGAAAGUAGGCAGCUAAUUGUUUAUCUUAACUCACUAAUGCCCUACACAUUUGACACAUUAGCAUUUUACACAGUCAGAUUUGCUAAGAGAAUGACCAGAGGUUAAAGCCCAGGUAGAGGUAAGUUCUCUCUUGGGUCAGCUGCAAGUGACAGAGACCACCUGGGUGGGCCCAGCCCAGUCCUACGAGUCCUUUAGAGGGCUGAGGCCUGGGCCUUUGAGGCAUGUUGAUCUGCAGAAAGAAUCAGAGGUCAUUCAGGUCCAGGCCCAGGGACUUAAAUGGGUGAUCCAGCCAGGUAAUCGUAUUUUGAGCCCUAAAUGAGAUGGUGCCAUAAAGUCAAGAGACAGAGUUUUGGUUAAUGCAUUAAUAAUAAUUGAAGACAGCCCCAGAUCAGAAGAUUAAAAAAUGUCCUAAGCAAUGAUGACAUUAGUAUGUAGUAAUUUAAAUUCAUUUGUGUUUGUUUUUCAGAGUUUAGUCUUGCUACUUUAUAGCCACAAGUGUCAUUAAAAAAAAAAAGCCAACAACCCUUGUGUAAUUCUCUGAUUUAAGUGCUAAUAAACAGCAUAACUGUCUCCUCCCCCUGUCCCUAACUGUGAAGUUAUGUGAUUUUCAGAACUUUUUUCAGAGUUGGGCAUCUUUUCCUUUAAAAGAAACAACAGAAGAAAAAAGCUGUUUAAUUCCUGGAGAAGAAAUGACACACUUUCCUCCCUAAAGAGAGAAGGAAAAACAAAACAAAACCUGCAGUCCUCAACCAGCUUAGCACUAAUUUGUCUCUUAGGGAGAGAAUUACUCAUUGUGUCUUUAUUGGGGAGAGGUGGACAAUGCUAAUGAGAAGGUUAUCAGUCCUUUCUAUUUUGUUGAUAAAGAGUGCUGCUCUUAUUUAGCAGAUGCUGUGCCUUCAAGGGCCCCCACUGUAGCAAGUAUAAUGAUAAAUAAUGUGUGAUUAUAAAUGGCAAUGACAUGUCUUCUCAGUGUCAGAGAGAAAAUAGGGCAUGGUGGCGACUAUAGUAAACUGAAACCCUCCCGUUCCAUGUGCAGGGAGGAGCCAUUCCAGCCAGUUGUGACAGUGUAGUAUUUCCUGGUCAUUUCAUUUUUCAAAAGAUGCUGAGAAUCUUGAUUUUUUUAUGUGAAAAAUUAUCAUUUUUAAAAUAUCGGAAACUAAAUUAAAAAUUUUAAAUGAAUUCAGGCCCAGUGAAACACAUAGGUGGAUCUGAUGCUGUCCACUAGCUGCCCGUUUGCCACUUCUGCUUUAUAAGUUUUGAAAAGAAAGUCAUUCAUGGUAAUUACAAAUGUCUAGGGCCACCAGAAAAUGCUCUUGAUAAAUGUAACUGGGAGCUGGCUAGAUUACUUCUUUUACCCAUUGCUCCCCUAAAGAAAUUUGAUACGACUGUGAUUAUAUUUGAAAUGUUUUGGUUGUUUCUUCACACCUCCUGACCUCUUAAGAAAAAGGCAAACUAAUUGUUAAUUUCAAAAUCAGAUUUUUGCUCUCCCAAUUAAAAAAAAAAAGUCACUUGGAACAAUUUCACUUAAACUCCGCAACCUGAAGGACCUUAUUUAUACAAUGUGUAAUUCUGAGCUUAGGCCAAGGCUUAGUAAGGAAAGCAGGCAUUGUGGAGAGUAGGGCAAGGAAUCCUCAAUGUCCAGUGGAGCCAGUUAUUUGCUUUGUCUUCUCUUUUAAAUGACCUGCAAAUUGACUGUUUGGCGGUGCGAAACUGUAUAUGUAGAUAUCAGUUAGGAUUCCUCGUGGGUGUUGGGUCAUCCUUGCUGUAUCACCUCCUUUCCAGGGUCAGGGUGAAAAUAAACAAAAGGAAAUCUGAUUGUAAGCCAAUAGCUUUGAUUGUGAUUUCAGAGCUUUGGGGUUGGGAGAAAGUUUGGAUUAUCUGCCAUGUACCUCUCCUGGUGUCAGACAGGGCUGUGCAUUAUUUCAGACAUGUGGCUGUGGAUGGGAUUCUGGAUUUUCAGUGAAGGAGAUUCUGUAACCUACCCUCCUAAUCAGAUAGUUCUUUGUACAUCUUCCUUAUAGAAAUUCAAACCAGCCUUCUUUUGUUCGCAUGUAGUGGAAAAAGAACAGCUGGUCACCUUCCGUGUAUUUGAAAGCCACAGUGAAGUCACCCCUCUGGUGUUUUUAUUUCAGUGAUAAAUAAUCCUGUUCCAACUCAUUCGUCACAGGUUUGUUUUCUAGGGACUUCAUAAUUUUCACUGCUCUUCUGUUUCUUGGCUUUACACUCAAUUUAGUUGCCCAAAUAGAAUGUGGUGCCUUAUUCACUUUGAUGCCUUGUUAAGACCAGGCUCAGGAUGGGGAUUAACAGAAAUUCUUACACAUCUUGUCUUCUCUUAGUACAUAAAAACAUAAAGGCACUUUUUAAAAAAUAUAUUACCUGUAUUCUUUUUGAAGGUUGACUGCCACAUUUUUUUUUUCCCCUUUGGCAGUAGUCCUCUGUCAUAUGUGGGAUUUUUUUCCCCCUCUUAUGGUCAGACACUUAUUUCUGAUCUUCUCCAGGGUACUCUUCAAGACCAGCUCUGACUGAGUUGUUAUGGGUGGCAACUACCCCUCCCUUCCAAUUUUGGAUUCUAUUUUUAUGUAUCUCUAGAUAUCACCUUUAAUUCAUGACUCAUAGUAUUAUUAAAUGGUGCAAACUUCUGUUUAACCUCAGGUGAGACAGCAGUUGCUAAGGAUUAAUUUGCUAAGAGGUCAAGGGAGGACUCCUUGGGAGUUUUGGUCAGUUGUCUUCCCUCCUGCUCUUUGGCUCCUCUCCAAAAUUCAUCCGGGACCAGGGGCUCCUCAAGGAGCUUGUACUAAAAAGCUGGAGCCAUGGCUCUGAAUUGACCAAGCACUGUGGUUUGCACAGUCAGAAGUCUGACAAAAGCAAACCAUUAUGACUGCAUAUCUAAUGUUAUCAAAAUUUCAACGGAGAAGAUUAAGAAAAGCAAUUCUGUUUGUGUGGGACAUAGACACAGUUGGCCACCUCAGUUGUUAGAAAAAUUACCAUUAGAUUAUGCUAAUGUGUACUUGUCUGUUAUUUUUAACAAGUUUUUUUUUUUUCUUUCUGUCUCAAAAAAAUGCAAUGCGUCUGGAGAGAGCAAAAACUUUUGUAAAAAUCAAAUGUAUUCAUUUAGAAAGUAGGCUACUUCUGUUUUCACUGUUUGGUUUGUUUUGUUUCUCAUUGCAGAAGCUCCCUGUUAAUAUGCUUUUUUGAGGAAAGCCUGUGGAACACAGUGGUUAUUGCCAUUGUCUUUGUUUCAUCUUUAAGUUUGUCCUUCAUGAGGUUUGGUGGAAUUGUGAGCACUGACUGACAGACUAGCAAUAUGCUGUAUUUUUACAUUGAAAAUGUUAAUGUCUUAUUUGAUGUGUACAUACCUCUGUAAAUAGGUGACAGUAGACCAUAGCUGACAUUUGCAAAAUGUUGUUUUUGUACUCUAGAAUUUCUGCAUCAAAUAAAUAAAAUGUUUUAAGAUUGUUGGUA